UUUGUUGGGGGUUACGGUGUCCUCAGAAAUUCCCCAAUUUCCACAAACCGCAAAAAAGCAAGGAAGAGAAAACACAAAGAAAGCAAUCAAAAACUCUCUCUCUCUUUCUCUCUCGCUUCCGGCAAAAGCAGACAUGGCGUCGUCAACGAGUCAACGCAGCCUCCUCGUCAUCGUCCUCCUCUCGAUCUCGGUCCUCUCGGUCAUGGCAAGGCCCUGCAAGACCUUCUUCGUCUCUUCCUACUCAUUCUCUCUCAGAGAGCCCUCCUCUCUCCAGUUCCAUUCCUCUUCUUCCUCUUCCGGAUUCGUCACCGUUUUCACCGAGAUCCGCCCUCUCAACGACGCCGUUUUGAUCGAGGAGGAAGAACUCGAUGAGUCUCGCUUCCAGCGACGCCCUCUUCGUCUUCCCCUUCUUCCCGUGACUUCCUCCUCGACGACGUCGUACGACCUCAGCUCACUCCGCGAUCGCACCAAGGACAUUCUCAGCGUCGUCGUGGCUCUGCUCUUCGGCGUCGGGAGUGGAGCUCUCGUCGCCGCCACCAUGUAUUUGGCUUCGUCGCUGUUCUGGAAUCGGUUUGAUUAUCGAUCUUCGUCUCCGUACGGGGAUGAUACUGACGAGGAGGAGGACCUCAGCCCUAAGAAGAUUGGGUACGUCAAGGUUCCGGCGGCUGAGUCUGAGUCUGUUCCCGCUCCGGCGACUGCGAAAGAGACCGAGACCAGGGCAUGAAUGAAUCGGUAAUUGUGUUUAUAUAAUGUGAAAGAUGAUGGAAAAAUUUUAAUAUGAUGUCAAAGUAGGGAUGAUGGAACUUUGUGACUCUUGAUUGUGGAUUUGAUGAUAAAUAACUAAAACUAUGAACGCUGUGGUCUGUAUUUGUCGUUUAAGUUGUAAUUGCUUUCUCCUCUCUCACACACAUAUAUAUUAUCUAUUAAGAUAUUAAGUUAUUAUAUAA